ACUGUACAUGUGACAAAUCGUUUGUUUGGGUGACGUGUAUUAAACAACUUUCAAUUUGUUAAAAAUAUUGUUACAUAUGUAUUGUGACCAUCAGGAAUAUAGGGAUAAUUCCGUAGACUGUUGUUUUUUGAAGGCAGUAUUCAGAUUCGUUCCGCAAAAUGGUUAUUUUGACGAUGAUCGCGAGGAUCACCGAUGGGUUGCCCUUAGCCGCAACAAUGCAGGACGACGAACAGUCUGGCAAAAAUAUUCUGGAGUAUCAGAACCAGGCCAAAAUGUUGUUCAGAAGGUUGACUCAACAGAGCCCUACACGUCUUACGAUUGAAACAGGACCAUAUUUAUUUCACUACCUUAUAGAACAUGACGUAUGCUACUUGGUGCUUGCUGAACGGAACUACUCCAAGCGACUUGCAUAUUCCUACCUUGAGGACCUGGCUCAAGAAUUCCAUUCCCAGUACGGCAAGAAGGUGAACAGCGUCACCAGGCCGUACAGUUUCAUAGAAUUCGACACUUAUAUCCAAAAAGCAAAAAAAGUGUUUACGGACUCCCGGGCCCGGCGCAAUCUCUCCACGCUGAACACGGAGCUGCAAGACGUGCAGCGAAUCAUGGUGCAGAACAUAGACGACGUCAUGCAGAGGGGCGUAAUACUGUCGGAACUGGACAGCAAAGCUCAGAACCUGUCGAUGCUCUCGCAAGUCUACAAGAAAGAUGCCACCACUCUCAACUCCAAGUCAAUGUACGUGAAGGCAGCUCUGGGCUUCUGCAUCGUGUUUGUGUUCGUGCUGUAUUUCUGGAUCCUGUGAAGCGGUGCCGACAACUCGGUGUGUGUGCUUGUCCCACUGCCGUGAGCCCUUGGGUUGAGCAAAGGAGCUCCUGUGUAACGUGGGCCAUACAAUGAGUCAGAACUCCUACUUCUCAACAUUUCAAGUUGUCUUGUUGGUUCAACCUCGAAUGGUAAAAUAAUACACUAUGCAAAUUAUUUUUAAAAACUGGCCAUUUUCUUUUUAAUGCUUGUGGCUAUGUUGAUUUUUGUUACUUGUUUCAAACUUUUAUUUUGUUUGCAUGUUGUAUUUAAUCAAAGGCCAAGGGGUGUUUGAACUUUCACAGGAUUCAGUUAGAAUCUUUGCUCAUUGGGUUGUUGAGUAAAAUUAGAGAAAUAUUGUUAAAAUAAUUUUAAAUGCAUGCAGAGCAUGUGUGAAAAAUAAAGUGCCGUCUCACUUUUUGUUCCAGUAGCGUAAAGUGGUCAGAGCAUUACAGACUAACACUAAAUCCAAAUUUUUGCCAUUAGUUAUUUGUGAUAUUCUGUCUGUACAUUCCUUAUGAAUAUACAAUUAGCUAAUUGUGUAAAGGCACUACAGGAAUGGUCAAACAUGGUUAAUAGUAUGUACUUUAUAAAAUUAAUGUUUUUUUUUUUUUUUUUUUUUUUUUUUUUUAAAGCCUUAACGUAUGCAUGUUGGCUUUAAAGUUUCCCCAACAAUUAUUAAUCAUUGUAUGAAUAUUUGCAGUGCUUGGCAAGAUAUAAUUAACACGUUGUCAAACACCUCUGCCUCUGUGAUAUUGCCAGACCACUAUUAUGAAAUGACGUUUAUAGCUUUAAUCAGUAUAUGUUGUGUAUUAUAUAAAGCUUCUGGAGAAUUUGUAAAAUGAUAAUUGUUUCCCUGUGUGUAUUGUUAUAUAAAUAUUUAAUUUUUUUUUUGGAAGACCAAAAAAUAAAACAUAUUUAUAGAUAA